GGCACAAAAACACAAGUGCUUUAUAUCAUGGGUGAAAGAUUCGAACCUGAAUGAGUUACGUUUGGUCAAUCCGCAUGCUUUAGAGAUCAGUGUUUUCAGAGACUUUCGGUCAUAUGAUCGACUCGUUAAAGCGGGUUUGUUCACACAGCGCAACGGCUGCGCACAUUCAGUCUUAUCCAAAUAGUGUACGUCUUUGCUUUCCGAUAUCUGCUUGUUUAAGAUUUGUUUCAUUGAACAUACCUCUACUAUUAACAACAAUAACAAUGUGAACGACUGACUGGUUAUUUCCAAUGUAGAUUGUACUUACUAAUACAAACAUCUUUUAAAAGAACAUUUACAUUAUGUGGAGUACGUGAGUAGGUGAAAAAGUUAUAAAACUGGAUCAGUGAUUAGCUACAAUAAACCUCAACCCGGAGGGUUUUUAUUUGGACUUGUGGACGCUAUGGUUUGAUGAGCACAUCUUAAAAUUGUUGCCCUUGAACAUUUAUAAUGGCCCUACGUGAUGGAUGGUCUAGUCCCUCAACUGUGGAUGAUACAUUUUUCGAUCAGGAAGGAGAGGAAACACCGCUGCUGCAGAAACACUCAGAACAACAUACAGUAUCUCCUCAGUGCUGCUCUGUGCGAUACAACCUGGCCUUCAUGAUGUUCCUCGGUUUCGCUGUGGUGUACGGGCUCCGGGUCAAUCUCAGUGUCGCCAUGGUCGCUAUGGUCAAUACAACUGGUAUCCAGCCGGUGUUUAAUGACAGUGAAUCAAAGGAAUGUCCAGCAUCUUCUACUACCUCUAACAACAGCAAUGAAAACCUUGAUCAGCCAGAUGGGAUACCAAGAUACCCAUGGAAUCCUCAGACUCAGGGAAUGCUGCUUGGUGCUUUCUUUUUUGGGUAUAUAUUCACCCAGGUCCCCGGGGGAUACCUGUCAGGUCUCUGUGGUGGGAGUAGGUUCCUGGGAGGAGGGGUUUUGGGUACAGCAAUCCUCACUAUUCUUACUCCUCUGGCUGCUCAGCUUGGGAUCAAUUGGCUGUUUGCUCUAAGAGCUCUGGAGGGUUUUGGAGAGGGCGUGACAUUCCCUGCCAUGAUGGCUAUGUGGGCCUGCUGGGCACCUCCGUUGGAGAGAGCUCGUCUGAUGACUAUCUCAGGAGCAGGAGGAAAUUUUGGUGCUUUCGUUGCUUUCCCUCUUACAGGCUUCAUAUGUCACAGUAUGGGCUGGCCUGCAGUCUUCUACUGCUGUGGGGGCGCAGGAUGUCUUUGGGCAGUAUUGUGGUUCUUCAUGGUGUCAGAUGAACCUCGCACACAUCCAAGAAUAACUGACAGAGAAAAAGAAUACAUUAUCAACUCUAUAGGCUCAGAGGGAGGUUCUCACGGUUGGUCGGUGCCGUUGUUGCCCUUGGUGCACUCAGGCCCUCUCUGGGCCAUCAUCAUCACACAGAUGUGUGCUAACUGGUCUUAUUACACUCUGCUUACCUCGCUGCCUACCUACAUGGACACAAUUCUGCACUUUGACCUGCGCCAGAACUCCUUCCUGUCAGCCUUACCCUACUUGGGUGGCUGGUUGUUCUCUCUCCUCUCAGGUGUGUGUGCAGACAAACUUUUGGAGAAGGAGAUACUAAGUGUAACGUCUGUCCGCAAAAUCUUCACUUCUGCAGGCAUGCUCAUCCCAGCAGGACUCCUGGUUGCUGUUGGAUUCUCUGGGUGCAGUGGCAUCCUGGCUGUUACCUUUCUCACACUCUCCAGCACUUUUGGGGGCAUCAGUUCAGCUGGAGUCUUCAUAAACCAGAUUGAUAUUGCUCCUCAGUAUUCUGGCUUUCUGCAAGGGAUCACCAACACCUUUGGCACAAUCCCAGGAAUACUUGCACCGGUGAUAACGGGUCAACUUACCAAAGACCAUACUCUGAUGGGCUGGAGGAAGGUUUUCUAUGUGUCAGCAGGAGUGAAUGUAUUUGGAGCCUUAUACUACACACUGUUUGGCAGUGGAAAGAUCCAAGCUUGGGCUCUAAAGGAGAACAAAGAGACAGUCAGUACACCGUGAACCUGUUACAGUCUGCACUAUAUUUAAAUUAUUGACUUGAAUUAUUAAAUGACAUUUACUAAUUAAUGUUCUUAAUAUAGUACACAAAAAUUAAUAAUAUGUGAAUAAGGGAAGCAGUAUGUUUAACUGUAUAUUUGUAUAGAAUCCAUUAUAAUCACUAAUGUGGUUCAUUUGAAAGUAGGUACCAUUUAAGGACAUUUCCUGGGAAUAACUAUUGCCUCUUAUAAUACUGGAAUGCUGCUACAUUUCAUUUGAUUUAAUAGAAAAACAUAAAACACCAGCACCACCUUUACAGUGUGUGCCGAUUCUUACACAAUGUCAUUUUUCAAACCAUUUUGUUUACUUCGACAGUUUAUACACAUGUAUAGAAACACAUCCCUUUCUUACUCUCUUAUGUUUUUACACUUUUUAAAAAUGUUUAAUAACUAAAUGUUUUCAGCCACUGAAUACAAUAACUGUAGCAUUGAAAGAUUGGAGUUUUAUACUGUUUUAGAUACAACUUACAUACAAGCGAGUUUUUUUUUACUGAUCCUGUUCAUGGAAACUUUUGAUUUUUAUUUGUUGAUUUAAAAAAUGUUUGUACCUGUUAUAUUUUGGCUAUAUUUUAUAUGGCUUUUUAACAUAUAACAGCUUUAAUAUUAGUAAUUGGGAAUGCAUUAUGGCUUGUGGUAAAGGAAAAUGAAAGUGUAUUCUGUAUAUGAGGCUGAAUAGCACAUUAAUCAACCUGUUCUAGUCAUAAGUAGUUAUAGUUUAACUGUUCGUUCUGUUGAUACAGCAAGACUCUACAACAUAUUUCUAUGUAUGCUGGUAUUUUUCUAAAGCAUGAUUAACCAAAAGGUUUUUUUUAAUGAGAAAAAUCAAUACAAGCUCCUUGUUAUUGUUGUACACUGCCAAACUAUUUCACAUGAUCACAUCAGUUUGAGUGAUAAGCAUGUGAUCCUGAUGGGAUACAAACAAGGGAAGUAGGUGGGGUUUAUCUUAAUAAUAGAAAAUUAAGUGGUGUCAAUGCUAAAGUAUGCGAAGACCUUACACACAUCAUACACCAGCUGCAUAAAUACCAUUAAAUUUUUAUUGAAUAAUAUAACAAAAUUGAUUAGUACUGCUAGUCUAUUUACUGAUUGUGCUUACAGUACUGCUUUUUUUUUACAGUGUAAUAAUAAAAUUAUUAAUAUUAAUUUCUUAAUUUAUAAAGCAUUUUAAUGAAUGCUUUAGCAGCCACAAAAACUAAGGAAGGCUAAUAAGUAGGCAUUAUGGAAGUCUUAAUAAAGCGUUCUCAUUUACCUAAUUAUAAAUAUUAAAGAAUUUUAAAGAAA